UGUUCUGCUCCCUCCAUGGCGGCGCAGCGCGGGUCUGGGGACGGAGCCCUGCCUGGGGUUACCCCAUGACGAACUGGCGUCCCCCCCGGGGACCCCGCUUGGGACGAGCGGCUUCAAACAGUCACUGUGUGUGUAUACGAAAACACGAAGUAUUCAGAUAUAAACUUACCUAGCUCCGUGAAAUAAAUUCUGUCAAUAUAUAAAAACUCAAACUUAAAUUACUAUGCAUUGAAUUUUAUCCCCGCCGUCUCGCGCUCGCCAAGUCGCGAGCUUGCAGGGGCGCAAAGCUCGUCGACGUCGUGGAGGCCUUCGAGUCAAGAAAUUGCUGGAGUGAAUAUUUUCAAAGCGGCGAGUGUUGUACUGAAAGAAUGAUGAAAAGAAAUGCGAGUGAAACCGUAUGCAGAGCCACUCCAGGUACCCUGUCUGUGCCACUGUUUAAUCAGAAGAGACCAAGCAGGUUACCUCUGACCUCAAAACCCUCAGAGAAUGAAUUUGACUUGAGUAGUGACUAUCCUUUUGCACACAGCUUUCAUUUAACCUCUAUGUCAUCAGGUAAUACUGGAUAUUCCAAAGUGCAUGCAGUGGGCCAUUUAGUGUCUGUGACCCAGAAUAAUCAGUGGAAUAGGCAUGAAUAUCCGAGGAGCAAGCAUCUGGAGAGCUCUGGACAAAGAGGCCUUGCACCCAUUCCACAUUUACAGGGGCCUGUGAAUACUGGGACACAAACAGUAAAGCCAUUGUGGGAGGACUGCAGUGGACCUUCAAGCACUACACCCAAUAGUUUUUUCAGCAAUGAAUGUAUUCAGGGAAGUGUGAAACCUUUGGAAGCCUAUCUGCAAAAUGAUCAGCUUCACAGACAGUCAAAUCUUCCACUGGACAUCCUUUCAAAAAAACAAAAACCAAAUCCACUUGUACUUGGCAGUCAGCAGCAGAACUCUGGAUGGCGCUUUAAAUCCACCUCCCAGUCCAGCCUGUUUAAAGAGGAUCAUCUGAAAGAGAUCAACCACAAAACUCUUCUGCAGCUAAAGAAACCAGAGCUUUCUAUGAAACCAGUAGUGGAAAAUUCCUUGCGGAUCUUGACAGCAACCAUUGAAGGAAUGAAACAUUGGAGCCAGUACAAGGACAGAAUGCAUAUCCUAUUUGAGGUGUUUGGAGUCCUCGACUCUGCUGUCACAAUUGGAAGCCACGGUGCAAAGAACUUUCUCCUGAGAGAUAGCCGGGAUUUUGUACAGUGUGUUUUCUAUGAAACUGAUGUAGAACUUCCACGUCUCAUCCGAGGUCACGUACACCGCUGUGUGGGUAACUGUGACCACAGGAGAGGGCUGCUCACGUGCAUGUCCAUUCGGCACGCUACUCCCUCAGAGCAGAAGACUGCCCAGGAAGCUGUGAGAGCAUCUGAUGCAGAGAUGCGGAGGAUGGUCAGGGUAUUCAGUGAAGUUUGA